ACAUGCUAAAAGAGAAGAAUUUUUGAGGUUGUGUUUAUUUAAAAUUGAUUUUUAUUAAAAAAUGUAUUUUGGUAUUAAUUCUCUUAAAAAAGGUAUUUUAGAAUCACCGUUUAUUUUGCAAAAUAUAAUUAGAUUUGCUAGUAAAAAGACUGGAGGCAGUACUCGAAACACAAGUCCAAAAGUUAGGCCUAAACAUAGAGGAGUAAAGAUACAAGAUGGUCAUUACGUACAUGCUGGUAAUAUUCUAGUUCUUCAACGUCAUUUACGAUUUCAUCCUGGUUUAAAUGUGGGUCUAGGAAGAAAUGGUACAUUAUUUGCGCUCAUACAUGGUUGGGUUAGAGUUACUUGUGAAAAAGCCGAUUUAGAUUGGAGCCACACGUGGGUACAGAGGUGUCAUGGACAUAGAAAAGGAGUAGACUUUUAUAAAAAGUAUUUUAAUGUACUACCAGAUACCCAACAUCAAAAUUUCAAACUCAUCGAUCAAAUUUAGUUGUGAUUGUAAUAAUGUAAUAUAAAUAUGCUAGUUAAA